AAUAUUUCUAGAUGUGAAAAUGAUCUGAAUACACAAGGUGAAUCUGCAUCAGACAUAUCCAAAGAAACAAUAGAACAAAUACAAGACAAAGAAGUCGAAUCUCAAAAAAUAUUGGAACAAAAUGAAAACGCAAUAGUAAUAGAAAUACAAGAUUCCGUGGCUUAUGAAUCAAAGGAUACCGAUAUUAAAAAUGUGUAUUCCUUAGAUUAUAAAAAAAUUUUGGAAGAAUCUAUAGAUGGAAGAAUUAUUAUUGCUAAUUAUAAAAAAGAAAUAAAACUUAACAGACAAUUACGUUCCAAACUUGUUGACGUAAUUGUAACGAAAUUAAUGUCUUUGUUCUAUAGUGACAAACAAGGGAUAUCUCUAAAAAACGAACAUUUUGAGUUUAUUGCAACUCAAAUUGCAAAAAUAUUUCCUACUGAAAAUAGCAGUAUUUAUUACGUUGCACCUAAAACUGAAGGGCCUCAACAAAAAAUUUCUAAAGGAAAAUUAGUGGAUUCUUAUAGAAAUAAACUGAGAGAAUGUCGAAAAUGUGGAUUAAUAAAUAGGAAAAGAAAGAGAUCUCAGGACGAUGAAGAAAUAGAAGAAGAUGCAGAGUCUAUUUCUCAGG